UGGCAGAUUCUUGGUAAUCCCAGCCUUCCAAUCAACUUAAAAUCCCCUCCCCCAAAAUCCCAACUUUCCCCCUAAAAUCCCUAAUUUCCCCCCUUUGAAACCCCAUAUCGUCCUUUAAAAUUUUUAACUCCAUGCCCUUUUCUAUCUUUUCUUCCUCAGCCCCAAUUCUUAAAGCCCAAAUUUGGAAAGCUAUUUUUCCCAACUUACACCCUUCCUCAUUUUUCGGCAACGACGGGCUUUGCGGCAGAAUUUUACCGAAACCUUUCCCCUUUUACUCUGAUUUGGCUUCCAGUUAUGGACUAGUAUUAGUAAUAGAACAAGUAUCACAGAGAGAGAGAGAGAGAGAGAGAGAGAGGAAUGCCGCUAGGGAAGUAUUACUGUGACUAUUGCGAUAAGCAAUUUCAAGACACUCCUGCUGCUCGAAAACGCCACUUGCAAGGCCUCCAGCACCUCCGUGCCAAAGCUCGGUACCACUCUUUUCGAAAGGCGUCUCUAACCUCGGUACCACCCUUUUCGAAAGGCGUUUGCAAUCGCUUCCUUAAUACAGGAUUUUUCCAGUACGGAGAUAACUGUAAAUACUUCCAUCCCAACAAUGAUUCUCGGACCCAAAAUCCUCCACUUUCAACUGCACCACCAGGUGGUGUAGAGGGAAAUGGAAAUGGUAUAGCAAUAUCGUGGGGUAAUCUGCCUCCAUCCUUAAAGCCCCCACCUGAGGAUGGAUAUCCACCUCUUCCUUUUGUGGAUUGGGGAUAAACUCUCUCUCUCUCCCUUACUUUGUUUCUAGACACCAAUUUCCUCAUUUAGUUUCUUCAUUUGUUAAAGCUGUAUCUUCUUGUUUAUAUUAUUAUUACAUGUUAGAUCACCCACUUUCAUUUCCCUGCUCUUUCUCCUUUUACAUUUCUUGUCAUCAUGAGUAUGUCAAUACCUUGAUAAUGGGAAUUCAUUAUAUUACACAACACAAUUGUCAAACAAAUCUAAAAGGUGAAGUGUUAUGGUUCAAUUGAUCAUUGGUUCAGUUUAGUUUGUGCAUUAUAGGAACAAAUGGUAAGAAUGCAAGUGAGAGUAUGAAUGUUGUAUGAUUAGGUGGCGGAAUUUGAGUAGACACUUCCAAAGUCUAUCCAAAAGCUUCAGAGCUUACUGACAUUUAGAGAUUAUUUGAUGUUUCAAAGCUUCAAGUGCCUGUCUGAUCAACCUCAUCUUCGUAGAGGAAAUUCAACCUGGUAAUUGGAAUUCGCUUCAGUUCUUGCACUUCUUUGGUUGCUAAGGCAUUGAAAUAUUUUGUUUAAAGGGAUACAAAACCUCUCGUCUCUUAAAUUUCUGGCUGAGUUGCUGUACAAGUCUGAAAUUAGAGGAAAUUGCAAUGUGAGGGAUCUCUGUCUGGGUUGCUCUUACCCAUUUGGAGGUCAUUGAAAUCUGGGAUUGCCCCAACUUUGAGGCACUGGUUUCAUAAGAUUUUAUUUUAUUUUAAUUAAUUUAUAAAAUGUUUAUAUAUUUAGUUUAGAAUAUAUUUUGACUAUAUGUAUGUAACAUGCUCCAGAACUUUCUAAUUUCUUUUCAAUGAUGUAUAUUUGGAACAAGUUGAUUUUUAGAAGAUAUAUCUAAUUCAAUUAGAAAAAUAAAAAUAAAUUUUCAUUUUUUAUAUAUUUUUAGUUUUAAAGUUUUUAUCUACUUUUUUUAUACGAAAUAUUUAAAUGAUUUACAACAUAUUAAUUGAUGUAUUGAUUUUAGCUCUCCAUUUAUUUUUCACCUCUUUAGUCUUUAAACUUACGUUGUUUGUCAAAUUGAGGGGUUAAUAAUAGGAUUUUUUAAUGGCAGAAUGAUGGAAAAUACUGGGAAGAUUUGGUGCUUAUUGUUGAGUCCAACAUUGUGUUUUAUGUCGAGUGUAAAAAAAUUGCUCAAGGAAUUUAAUUAUCUAAAGUUUUUGCUUCUUUCCAAUAUUUUAGGGGUUUGGCAGUACUUUUUAUAUAUAUUUAAGAUGUUUAAGAUUCUUUGGUUACUUUAUUCAGUAAUAGAGGAUUAGGAUCAGCUUUGCUACUUAGUAUGUACGAACGUUAGGUUUUGCUUCUAGAUACGUAUUUUAUUUUAGUAUCAGUAGCUUUGGGUUAUGAAAUAUUUAUGUUUUUGUAUUUUUAUUAUUUAUUGUGAUUUGAGCUUCUGGCAUUUUAUAUUAUUGAUUCUGAAUACGGUGAAGUUGUUUUGGAGUUGUCAAUCAUUCUAAAAUGGUGGCUCUUUGCGUCUGUGGCUUUUGAAUCUACACUUGCUACUGCAGUUUUCUGGUGGUUGCUGAUCUUAUGAUUGGUGUUUACUUUGGGGCCUUGUCCAAUUGGAAUUUAUUUGGUUUGGAAAAACUUUAAUAUCUUAUGCUUGUAUUUGUUAUUUUGGAUAUCCAAUUUUACUCUUGUUUAUCUAUUGCAUUAAGAAGACAUUGUUUAGGGGUUUAUUUCCUGCUAUCAUUCACUUUACUCUUUCUCAAAUUUUUGCUUCUAGGUGAGACACCGUUUAAGGAAAGAUUAUGGGAUUGAGGGUGGAAUUCCUGUUGUUUUCUCUUUAGAGAAACCUAAAGCUAGGCUACUUCCUUUUAGAGGACCAAGUGGUGAUGAAGACAACCCUUCAGAUUAUCAAGUGAGGAUGCUUGCUUCUUACUUUUGCAGUUUUAAAGUACUCUGUUUGAUCACCUAACAUCAUGCAGUGGGGAAAUUCAUCCAAUAUAUUGAAGCAGAAUUUGAAAUGAGAAUUGAAAGUACAUUUGGAUGGAGCUAAAGCUGUGUUUCUUUUAGCGAUAUAUUUGAACUUGCUAGUGUUAGGUCCUGGUUUUUGCUAUCUCUAGAUUUAAGGGUAGAAGGAAAAGGAAAAUUUUUUGGUCUACAUUAGUAUGUAAUCUACAUGUUUAAUCCAACAAUUUAAUGUGUUAUUCUGCUGUCAGAUUGUACCUAGGCAGGUUCAACAAUUUAAUGCAUUGUAUUUUUUAUUACCUUGCAAUGUGGAUAGUUAUAGGCAGGUUCAACUAGUCA